AUAUCCUCUCUCUCUUUCUCUACCCCCCAAUCUCUCUCCACGGUUUCGAGAUUAGGGUUCCUCCGAUCCCUCUCGCACCUUUACAAUCAUCCAAACUCUAUACCUAUAGAUAUAGAUCAGUAUCUCUAUCUAUCAUCUCUCUAGGGUUCCUCUUCUUUCUGUAGAUCUAUUUCUUUGUUGGGGUUAGGGUUAGGGUUUUAUUCGAAGAUGAUGCAACCAGCAAGCGGUGUAGUCCCUCCUCCAAUGCCUCCGAUGCCAAUGGAUCAACAACAACAACAGCAGCAACAGCAACAACAGCAGUAUCAGCAGUGGAUGAUGAUGCAGCAGCAGCAGCACCACCACCAGCAACAGCCGCCGCAGCAACAGCCGUAUCAGCAGCAGCAGCAGCCGCCGGUGUGGGCGCAGCAGCCACCGCAGGCGGCGGUGCCGCAGCAGCCUCAGCCGCAGGCCAUGCAGAUGCAGCAGGCUCAGCAACAACAGCAGCAGUAUCAGGGUUCGGCUGGUUCGAAUGAGAUCAAGUCGCUUUGGAUCGGGGACUUGCAGUAUUGGAUGGAUGAGAACUAUAUCUACACCUGUUUUGCUCAAACUGGAGAGCUUUCUUCAGUGAAGGUUAUUCGCAACAAGCAAACUGGCCAACCUGAGGGUUAUGGUUUUAUUGAGUUUACAACUCGCGCAGCUGCAGAAAGGCUGUUACAAACAUACAAUGGCACAUUAAUGCCAAAUUCUGAACAGAAUUUCAGACUGAACUGGGCCACUCUUGGUGCUGGUGAAAGGCGUGCAGACGACGGUCCAGACUAUACAAUAUUUGUUGGAGAUUUGGCUGCUGAUGUUACUGAUUACAUGUUGCUAGAAACAUUCAAACCUCACUAUCCGUCAAUAAAGGGUGCAAAGGUUGUUACUGACAGAAUGACUGGGCGUACCAAGGGUUAUGGGUUUGUUAGGUUUGGAGACGAGAGUGAACAAGUGCGUGCUAUGACUGAAAUGAAUGGAGUGCUCUGUUCUACUAGACCCAUGCGGAUUGGAGCUGCUGCUACCAAGAAACCAGCCGGUGGAGGUGGUCAGCAAUACCAGAAAGCUACCUACCAGAAUUCAUCUACCUAUCAGAAUUCUCAGGGAAGUCAGGGCGAGACUGAUCCAAAUAAUACAACAAUAUUUGUUGGCGGUUUGGAUGAGAGUGUCUCAGAUGACCUUCUGAGACAAGUGUUUGGCCAAUUUGGUGAGUUGGUUCAUGUGAAAAUACCAGCAGGCAAGCGUUGUGGCUUUGUUCAAUUCGCUGACAGAGCUUGUGCUGAGCAAGCGCUGUCAAUGUUGAAUGGUACUCCAUUAGGUGGACAAAAUAUUCGACUUUCAUGGGGUCGUAGUCCUUCAAACAAACAGGCUCAACCCGAUCAGGCUCAAUGGAAUGGUGCAUAUUAUGGAUACGCUGCUCAAGGAUACGAGGCAUAUGGAUAUGCACCUCCUCCUCAAGAUCCUAACAUGUACUAUGGAGCCUAUCCUGGCUAUGGGAAUUACCAACAGCCACAGCAGUGAUCCAAUGCCAUCCGCAGGGAAGCGUGAGGGGGCCAUCGUGAGUGGGUUCACUCGGUUCCAGUUUCAGCUGGUUAGCUGCACAGUUGUCAAGUUCAUUGAACUGGCUGUAAUAUGAUGGUUGUUUUGGUUGUGGAGUUAGUAUACUAUUAAAGAGUAUUUUCUUCUGCAUUGUUAUCUUCCUUUUUGUGCUUUCCCUUUUCUGUUUUUAGCCUUUCUUUGAGCAACUUGAGUGUUGGAAGUAUAUUAUGACAGUAUCGAUGCACUUUCUCCUAUGAUAACUAUGGUUGACAUCGUAUUUAUGUCAUGGAUGUGGAUUAUUACUGUUUUUGGAUAUAUAUGUGUUUAGUUGUA